AUGACAAUGUUCAACAAUUGCUACACGUUCAACCCGCCCGAGUAUGGGGUUUAUUCGAUGGCGCGUUCUCUCGAGCACUACAUUCUCGCAAAAAUGGAAACACUACCCCCGGAAGACGAUGUAUCGUUGAUGUGCAAAAAUGUCGAAAAUUUGUACAGAGAAAAAAUGAAACUCAUGCCGCCACAGGUAUUUUUUAUUGAGAUGAUUGUUGUAAAUUGUGAUGCGCUGGAAAGAAGGAAGUGGAAAUUCCGCGCCCGACGAACAAACGUGCUGGGAAAUCCAAAAAAUCAACAGCACGUGCUACAGCUGCCCGGGCGGCCAAAGGAGGUGAGUUCUGCUUUCGGUUUAAGGCGAUUUUCGGUUUAA